AUCCAAACUGAUCAAGCUGAAAAAUAAAUCUUCUAAAAUGGGCUCCGAAGCCUCUCCAAGUCUUCCUGUCAUAGAUUUCUGUAAGUUAGACAUAAAGCCAGGUACUCCUGAAUGGGAUUCGUUACGAUCCCAAGUUUGGAAGGCAAUAAAUGAGUGCGGUAGCUUCGAGGCUGUGUUUAGCAAAUUUUCACAGGAGCUCCGAGAGUCAUUUCUUAAUGAAGCUGAAGAGCUAUUUGCCUUGCCUCUUGAGACCAAAAAGUCUUACGUUACUGAAAAACCCUUCCGCAAAUAUGUUGGGCAAUCGCCAUCGUCGCCACUCAAUGAGAGUUUCAUCAUUGAUGAUCCUCUAAUCUUUCAUAACAUGGAAAAUUUUUGUAAUGCCUUGUGGCCGCACCAAGAAAAGCCCAGUUUCAGAGAAAUAAUUCAGUCCUUCUGCAAGGAAGUAUUUGAAUUGGAAAAAACAAUAAGGAGGAUGAUUGUGGAGAGCUUGGGUGUGGAGAAGUACUUGGACGAGCACAUGAACUCGGCCAACCAUUUGCUUCUUCUCGCAAAAUAUGCAAGCCCUCAAACAAGUGACGUAGACUCUGGGUUACCUGCUCACACUGAUAAGAAUAUGAUUACCAUAUUACACCAAAAUGAGGUUGGUGGGUUAGAGGUACAAACCAAAGGUGGAGAGUGGAUUCGGGUGAAAUUUUCACCAGAUUCUUUCAUCGUCUUAUUCGGACAGUCUUUGAACGCAUGGACAAAUGGCAGACUGCACUGUCCUUAUCACCGAGUAAGGGUGAAUGAGAAUAAUAAGGCAAGGAUCUCUGCUGGAUUUUUUACAAUUUUCAAAGAAGGGUAUACAGUAGAAGCCCCUGAAGAGUUGGUUGAUGAAGAACAUCCCUUGCUGUUUAAGCCAUUUGACUACUCCGAGUUCCUCAAGUUCCUUCAGACAUUCGCCGGCAGGAGUACUGAAUCUGCUUUAAAGGAAUACUGCGGCAUCUAAUUUUGUGGUUUCGAACAGCCAAUGGGUGAAACAAAUUGUUUGCUGCUAUUAGCUAUUUUGCAGUUUAAAUUUUAAUGAUUUUAUCCUUUUCAAGAAUUACUAUAAUAAGUCCUUACUAAAGAUAGCUGCAUCUUAUUGAACAUGAGAAUUUCGGAUUCUUAUCCAUGUAAUUUAAUGAAGGAUUAAAUGCUCAAAAAAUUCAAAACUUAGC